AAGCCGAGCAUGAUUUAUCACAAAUGGGUCCAAGCGGAACACUAAUUAGGGAGUUCAAAACAAACCUUAAAGCCACUCAAAUAUUAAUGGAGGUGUUAAAGCGGAAUCCCAUUUACGUCCUUCCUGGGUCAAGAAGGACCAAACAUGGCUGGAAAGACCAUUAUUCAAAUGAGAGUAGAGACGUAAUAGAAGCAUUAUCUUCAUUUGCAGACACGGAAAUGCAGCCUGCAUCUACACUUACCCAAAAAGCCUCUCUCAGAACCUUAAUAAGAGGGUCUAAAUGACAACAAACCAGCAGGAAGCAGGAACACACCAUGCCAUCAUUAGUGCACAGACAGGAAGUAAAUAAAGUUAGUGUUUCUUCCUUUCAGCCUGAAUCUCUAAGAACUCAUCAGAAGUCUUUACAUGUAGCUUUUCACUUGACUGGGAAUCCUAAAAGAACUGCUACCAACAUGUCCAAUCCUCCGACCGAAACCCGUGUCAAGGUGAGCAACCGGGGCCGCACCGGUGCUCCGGUCGCCAACGACAACUCUGACGAAUCUGACAUCCCCGAGUUUGAGCUUUUUGGCGCGGUCGGACCAAGAGGACUUCCACCUUUGACGGAGUUCCUGGACGUCUGGGAUGUGGACAUGAUGAGGAAACCAGACGACACCAACAAGGUUCUCCACCACACGGCCUUGUACCAGUCCGACUUUCUCAUCGUGCGCAGAGGCCAAGAGUUCCAGCUGAAGAUCACUUUUAACCGUCCCUACGACGCAUCCAAGGACAAGUUCGCUGUGGAGUUUGUCAUCGGCGCCAGUCCUCAGUACAGCAAGAACACCUACAUCCCCGUCUUCCCAACCGAUGAGCGCCAGACUUCCUGGCAGGGCCGCAUCAUCCAGACGUCCAACAACAUCCUCACCAUGGGCAUUGUGCCCGCCGCCACCUGCAUCGUGGGCAAGUACCACAUGUAUGUCGCCGUGGUGACGCCCUACGGUAUCCGCAGGACCAAGCGGGAUAAAAGCCGUGACAUCUACGUCCUCUUCAACCCCUGGGCGGCGGCCGAUGCCGUGUUUCUGGAUGACGACGCCGAGAGGGAGGAGUGCGUGUUGACGGAGACAGGAAUCAUCUACCAUGGUGCCCAUGAUGACAUCUCUGAGAAGAACUGGAACUAUGGACAGUUUAACUUCGGCAUCCUCGAUGCAUGCCUGUACAUAUUGGACAGGUCUGAGAUGCCCAUUAGUAACCGAGGAGAUGCCAUCAAGGUGGUCAGAAAGGCCUCCGCCAUGAUGAACUCUUACGAUGACAACGGCGUGCUGGUCGGGAACUGGAGUGGCGACUACACAUACGGGGUGGCGCCCACCGCAUGGACGGGCAGCACAGAGAUCCUCCUCAGCUACGCCAGCAGCAAGACGCCCAUCUGCUACGCCCAAUGCUGGGUCUUUGCUGCCGUCCUCAACAGCUUCUUGCGCUGCCUGGGGAUUCCAUCCCGAGUCAUCACCAACUUCGUCUCCGCCCAUGACAACGAUGGAAACCUGAAGACGGAUGUCAUCCUGGAUGAAAACGGUCGCAUAGAUCGCAGCCGCACGAGGGACUCCAUCUGGAACUAUCACUGCUGGAACGAAUGCUACAUGUCCAGACCGGACCUCCCAGCUGGCUUUGGGGGCUGGCAGGUUGUGGAUGCGACACCACAGGAGACCAGUGAUGGCUUUUACAGAUGCGGGCCAGCAUCAGUCCACGCCAUUAAACACGGGUUCAUCUGCUACCCCUUUGAUGCGCCCUUCAUAUUUGCUGAGGUGAACAGCGACAUGGUGUUCUAUUCCCGGAGAAGAGACGGAAGCCUGGAAACAGUCCAGGUGAAGCGCUCCCAUAUCGGCCGCCUGGUUUUGACUAAAGCUGCUGGCACGCUGAGCCGCCGAGACAUCACUGAGCAGUACAAAUUCCCUGAAGGAAGCGCUGAGGAGCGCACGGUCCUGGAGAAAGCGGAGUUGUACAGCUGCAUAAGAGAGACAUCCAACCCCCCUACGGCUGACGUUGACCUGCUUCUGUCAAACAUGGAGGUCAGCCUGGGCGACGACUUCCAGUUGACUCUGAAGUUCGUCAAUCGCAGCAACCAUCGCCGCACGGUGGAAGCGUACGUCAGCGGCAGCGUGGUCUACUACACGGGUGUCACCAGCUCAGAGUUCUUGUUCACCACCCCCACCAUCAAGAUUGGGCCGGGCAAGACUGUGACGGAGACUGUGAAAGUGGAGGCCAAGAAGUACAUGAAGCUGCUGGUGGAGCAGUCCAACUUGCACUUCAUCGUCACGGGGAAAGUCACCGAGACGGGCCACAUCGUCACCGGCAUGAAAGUGGUCCGCCUGCAUAAUCCCAAACUCAGCGUCAAGGUGUCAGGUCCCGCUAAGGUGAACGAGGAGAUGAUGGCGAUGGUGGAGUUUACCAACCCCUUCACCACCAACCUGGAGGAUGUCACCAUCCGCAUGGAAGGAUCUGGAAUCAUGCUGCCCAAGUCAAAGUUCUACAGUCUCAUCACAGGAGGCUCCUCCCUCACCUGGAGUGAGUUCUUCACCCCGCAGAGGGCGGGCACCAGUCAGCUGAUCGUCACGCUUGACUGUCCCGGUCUCAGGCAGGUCUAUGGCGAGGCCGCGGUCACUGUGAACGCCUGAGGAUGAUUGCAGAUUGCUUUAACUGCAUAUUCUAUUAAGUCACAUUCAUAUUAAUUACUAACAUCACUUUCAUAAUCAUCUAUAUCAGGGAUGUUCCCUGGGAUGUUCCCAGGGAUAAAAAGGAAAAGAUGCAAAAACAAAUCCAGCAUAUGUGAAUAUAUGAUUAGUUAUCAAAACAAAAAAUCCACUUCUUAGCUUUGCGUGUGACAAAGCAAAUUUGGUAAAAGUGGGUAUUAUGCAAUAAUAUAUUUCAUAAAUCCUAAAGUCAUCACAUUUUCACAAUAUCCUGACGGCCAAUAAAAAAGCUGCAGUAAGAAAAUGACACCCCAGUCACAAUUUCGGCAUCCCUGAUUUAUUCUGUAAUUCCCGCUUGCUUUUUCUCAUCGGUACACACGCAGCUCAGCCAAAUAAAUUAUUAAAAGCCUCA